GGCGGCGGAGCCCCCUGCACCGGGACCCCCGCGGCACCCUCGGGGCUCAGGCUGAGCGAUGCCCGGCUCCGUCAGAUGAAAGUUUGCACCACAGCCAUGAAGGGACCGCGGUGAAGCCGCCGCUCCCCGCCAGGAGUUGCUGUCUAAAUGGGUCCAGUCAUGCCUCCCAGUAAGAAGCCAGAGGGCUCAGGAAUUAGUGUUCCCAGCGGAUUGAGCCAACGUUACCAAGAUAGUGAUUUAUCCAAGGCACUUCAUGAUGACGAAGACCUAGAUUUCUCUUUGCCUGCCAUCAGAUUAGAUAAAGGGGCCAUGGAAGAUGAAGAGCUAACUAAUUUGAACUGGUUACAUGAGAGCAAGAACUUGCUGAAAAGCUUUGGGGACUCGGUGUUAAGGAGCGUUAGUCCUGUUCAGGACAUUGGUGAUGACACGCCACCAUCUCCUGCCCACUCUGAUAUGCCCUAUGAUGCCAAGCAGAACCCCAACUGCAAACCUCCUUACUCCUUUAGCUGCCUCAUAUUUAUGGCCAUUGAGGACUCGCCAACCAAAAGACUGCCUGUAAAGGAUAUAUACAACUGGAUCUUGGAACACUUUCCAUAUUUUGCAAACGCACCCACUGGAUGGAAAAAUUCUGUGAGACAUAAUCUAUCCUUGAAUAAGUGUUUUAAGAAAGUGGACAAAGACAGAAGUCAGAGUAUUGGAAAAGGGUCCUUGUGGUGUAUAGACCCAGAAUAUAGACAAAAUCUUAUUCAGGCUUUGAAAAAGACACCCUAUCACCCAUAUUCGCAUGUGUUCAGUACACCUCCCACAUCUCAGGCAUAUCAAAGCACAUCAGGUCCGCCCAUUUGGCCAGGAAGCACCUUUUUCAAGAGAAAUGGAGCCCUUCUGCAAGAUCCUGACAUUGAUGCUGCCACUGCCAUGAUGCUUUUGAAUACUCCCCCUGAGAUACAAGCAGGUUUUCCUCCAGGAGUGAUACAAAAUGGAGCUCGAGUUCUGAGUAGGGGAAUAUUCCCUGGAGCCAGGCCGUUGCCAAUCAACCCCAUUGGAAGUAUGGCUGUUGCAGUAAGGAACGGAAUAACCAACUGUCGGAUGCGUACAGAAAGCGAACAGUCCUGUGGCUCUCCAGUUGUUAGCGGUGACCCAAAGGAGGAUCACAACUACAGCAGUGCCAAAUCUUCCAACCAUAGGAGCACAUCACCUGCAAGUGACUCCAUUUCCUCUUCCUCUGCUGACGACCAGUAUGAAUUUGCAACUAAAGGUAGCCAGGACAGCAGUGAAAGAAGUGAAGUUAGCUUCCAGAGCCACGAGAGCCAUAGUGAAACAGAAGAGGAGGACAAAAAGCAAAAUCGGAAGGAGACCAAGGAUUCUUUAGCUGACAGUGGGUAUGCGUCCCAGCACAAGAAAAGACAACAUUUAAUGAAGGUGAAAAAAGUACCAAGUGACACACUGCCUCUUAAAAAGAGACGUACAGAAAAGCCCCCUGAGAGUGACGAUGAGGAGAUGAAAGAAGCUGCAGGAUCACUUCUGCAUUUAGCAGGAAUUAGGUCCUGUUUGAACAACAUCACCAAUCGGACGGCAAAGGGGCAGAAAGAGCAAAAGGAAACCACAAAAAAUUAGAACAAAUAAAUGAUUUGUUUGAACUUACAAAGUUUUGUUUCAUCACGUCAGGUGAAUUCUAAUGAUUUGUGGCAAUAUCAGCAAUUUUUUCCUUUUUUGUUUUUCUUUCUAUUUGUUUUUGGUUUGUUUCUCUUUUGUUGGUUUUUUUUUUGUUUCUUU